AUGGGCACCGUGCUGAGUGUUCUGUUGCUCAGUGUUCUGUUCUGCUGUGCAUCAAGGAAGCGCAAAGCCAUCGAUAGUCGCGAUGCUGUCCCUGCAAAGAAAAUGCGAGUGGGUUUGGCCAUGGAAUUGACUGCGCCUGACGGUGAUUUGACAGUUGAAGAGUUCUUCACAGCUGAGUCAUCUUCCGUUGCAGCCAUCAAAACUGAUCAAGAUGCACCUUCUGUCUCACGUUCUGUCGCAGUGAUCCAAACGGAUCAAGAUGCUCUAUGCAGUGUUCCCAAUGAGCUCGUCAUCGCAAUAGCUGAGUUGCUGCCCGACAGCGACGUCGUGCAUAUGAGCAUCCUCUCUCGUCGUCUGCACUAUAUUGCAGUUCCUAUAUAUCUUCGUCGACACGGCCUACGUAUUUCUGGAGAAAACAAAGCUAUCGUUCUCCUCAGAGAGGAUGCUGUGGCGACUCUUUCUUUUUGGCGACAUACACUGCUAUUCCAAUGCCCGCGGACAAUCCGUGUCACCAUUAACUCGGACAAUUUGUCCGAGUACGUCCAGUUGGGCCACUUCUUCUCAUCUCUAGAGCCUACUUCUCCGUUGCGGACCGUGAAGCUCGUCUUCAAUGCAUCUCCAGGUGAUCUCCUCUUUCCUUCCCUGGAGACUUUUCAGCCUCAGGCGGCUGUGCUGUUCGAUUCCUCUCUGUGUCAAUGGACACUGACGAUGAUCAAUUCGUCAACCAUUGGCGAGUUAAGCCUGAUUACGCCCGGUCUUGCAUCCCCACCCUGGUCUCGCAUUCUUGAGCGUCUCGUGAUCCCUUCCCUCCAUAUCCUACGCAUCGAGGGUGAACUUACUCAGAUUGCCCUCGAUCGAUUCUUACGACGCCAUGGCGGAAUGCGGGAACUUCAUAUUGGGUACCAUUCGGAUUGUGGCGGUGCAGCCCGUCGACGAUCUCCGCCUCCAGAGUUACCUCAUUUGUGGGUCCUCGCAGCACCGCUCACGUAUCUCCCCCGUUUAUUGGGCGACGAGCGAAUGAGGAUCACUACCUUGGAGAGGUUGACCAUCCUUCCUGAUUUCGAUUGCGACAAUACCGCCGAGUUCGUUUGCAACUUCUCCAAAGUGCUCGUGCUCGUCUCUGAGCUUCAGGACCUAUGGUGGCUCAAUUGCACCUUGCCUCCUUUAUUUGCAGCAGAUGUUGAUGAGACUGUGAGCAGUGGCUUUGGCCUUCAGAUAUUGGAUGCUCUAUUUCCUCAGAUAAAGUGCAUCGUUCUGGAACAAGCGUCAAGGGAGAACCGACAGGAUUCGUUCAGUAUGACACUCCUGGACUACCUACCCCGUUGGUUGCGGCAAUUCCCUGCUCUGUCAUCCCUGCAGCUGUGGGAGGACGCUGCCAUUGACCGGACAGAGGAAAUAGCACGCCUUUGCGCUGCAUGUGCUACUCUAUCCGAUUUCUGGAUGUAUUCUGGUGGGAAGGAUCUGAGCUGGAAGUUCACUUCGGCGGAGGCAUCAGAUGGUCCCCAGUGA